AUGCCCGCACACCCGAUCGCGCCCGCGUCCACGGACGCCCACGACCGCUGCGAUAAACAGACGCAGGAGCAGUACCUUCAGCUCGGCCAGGCGUCCUCCCACGGGAACGGACACCUCAUCGACAUGGCGCAGCCGGCAGCGAACCUCCACGACCCGAACGUCACGUUCGAGGAGUACCUCUACUGGGCCAGCAUCACGCGCGCUGAGGAGAAGCCGGCCAACGAGCGGUUCUUGCAGGCCCAGGGCCCCGUGACGUGGAAGAAUGUGAUCAAGGACCGGUUCAGGAAGGGCGAUGAACACGAGAGGUUCCAAGUCGGGAGCGGGGAGGCCGGACCCGAGGAUGUGAGCGGGGGAGAGAAGAAUGCCGACGGGAGUGACAAGGCCCUGCAACCCGCGAGGGAGGGCGACGGCGGUGUGGUGACGCCUGCGGAGUGGAAGAGGGCGAGCCGGGCGAUGAGGACAGCAAGCUGGGGUGCGAUAUUCUAUCUCAUCACGACGGAUGUCUUGGGUCCGUUUUCGACGCCAUGGGCCUUUGCACAAAUGGGCUACGGGCCGGGCAUCGCGCUCUACACCGUCUUCGGCAUCACGUCGUUAUACUCCGGCUGGAUCCUGCACAAGUCCUUCCUCGGCCUCGACUCGGACCGGUACCCGCUCAAGGGCUACGGCGACCUGUACUUCCGCGUCUUCGGGGCCCGCGCGCGGCACGCCGUCAACGUUGCCCAGGGCCUGCAGCUCCUGCUGUCCGUCUCCGUGCUGAUCCUCGGCAACGGGCAGUCCAUCUCGCAGAUCUCCAAGGGCCCCAACGGCGGCGCGGGCAUCUGCUUCGUCGUGUGUCUCAUCAUUUUCAUGGCGGCGGGGUUCCUGCUGGGACAGGUGAGGACGUUGCAGCGGUUCUCGUGGAUUGCGAACCUGGCGGUCUGGGUGAACUUGCUCAUCAUGUUUAUCUGGUGA